AUGGCCUCCAAGCAACAACUCCGUACUACCCUUACGGAUCUUUUAAAGAUCAACCACCCGGUCAUGCUGGCGGGUAUGAACGUCGCCGCCGGCCCUAAGCUUGCUGCCGCCGUCACCAAUGCCGGAGGACUCGGUGUUAUUGGAGGAGUCGGAUACACUCCCGACAUGCUUCGCGAGCAGAUCGCAGAGCUCAAGUCCUUUCUCACAGACAAGAAUGCCCCCUUUGGUGUGGAUCUGCUGCUCCCUCAAGUCGGAGGAUCUGCCCGCAAGACAAAUUACGAUUAUACCAAGGGCAAGCUCGGCGAGCUGAUUGACAUCGUGAUCGAGUCCGGUGCAAAGCUCUUCGUUUCAGCUAUUGGUGUGCCCCCGAAGGCUGUCGUCGAGAAGCUGCACAACGCCGGCAUUCUAUAUAUGAACAUGAUAGGGCACCCUAAGCACGUCAAGAAGUGCGUCGACUUGGGCGUGGACAUUAUCUGCGCCCAAGGAGGAGAGGGGGGUGGACAUACUGGAGAUGUUCCUACAACCGUUCUGAUCCCAGCCGUGGUUGAGCUUGUCAAGGGCAAGACUAGCCCUAUGACCGGCAAGCCCGUGCAAGUUGUUGCCGCUGGCGGUAUCUUCAACGGACAGACUGUUGCUGCUGCGCUUAUGCUCGGUGCUUCGGCCGUUUGGGUGGGAACCCGUUUCAUCUUGACUGAUGAGGCUGGUGCACCCAAGGCCCAUCAAGAGGCUGUUAGGACUGCUGGACACGAUGACAAUGUCCGUACGAUCAUCUUCACCGGGAGACCGCUGCGGGUACGCACUAACCCGUACAUUGAAAACUGGGAGAACAACCGCGCGGCGGAGAUCAAGGAGCUCACUAGCAAGGGUAUCAUCCCCGUUGAGCACGAUUUUGAGACUUUGGGUGACGAUAUUGAUGAUGAAACUAUGGAUAACGCCAGACCCUUCCUGAUGGGUAAGGCUGCCGCUGUUGUGAAUGAGAAGAAGAGUGCCAAGGCCGUCGUGGACGAGCUGGUCACGGAUGCUGUUGCUUGGAUCCAGAAGGGUGAGAAGAUGAUUGCGAAGUUAUAA